CGUCAUUCAGCAGUACCAGCCCACUGCUGCUGUCCCAAAGCAAGCACAAGUCUGAACUUUUCUCAAAGCCGAUAGAUAACAAACCGGAUUGAUUAAGGAAAGAGUGCGAGUCAACUGCACUUUUAUACUCUCAUUAAGGUUAAUUGCAAGUGGAGUAAUGUCAUUUUGUUCCUUCUUCGGUGGUGAGGUCUUUAAAGACCACUUUAAAACUGGGUUGUAUGUGUGUGCCCAGUGUGGACACCAGCUGUUCUCCAGCAGAUCUAAGUACGAGCAUUCCUCCCCCUGGCCUGCCUUCACUGAGACCGUCCUCCAGGACAGUGUGUCCAAGCACGAGGAGAGACCUGGGGCAUUCAAGGUCCGAUGUGGGAAGUGUGGAAACGGACUGGGUCAUGAGUUUGUGGGAGACGGGCCAAAGAAAGGACUCUCACGUUUCUGAAUAUUCAGCAGCUCACUGAAGUUCGUCCCUAAAGAUAAGGUAGAUGGACAGUAAGGUGAGCAGCAGGGGUAUGGAGUCACAGUGAUGGUAGAGCAGUAGGAUUGUCUGGAGUCUCUGUGCUGCUGAAGGUGUGCAGGACAGUGGAUGAAGUGUCCUGGGAUAAAGCCCACUUUGGGACCUCCAGGACACUGAUGGUCAAUGUCUUCGCUGGACAAGUACAGAGGAACUCCGACCAAAUAGUCAGCUACAUUAUGCAAUACUACACCAUCAUAAUAUAACAAUGAUACACAAUCAUAACACAGACAAGUACAAGGAGUUACACCAUUACACAAAGAUAGUCUGUCACUUAAAUCAUUGUUUUAUUUUUUAUCUUCACAUUGUCAGUCAAAUGGGGGAUCACUAUGUAGCCUUCAUAGUGGUGAAUGUAACUUCAAGAUGUCCUAAUUUAUAUAUAGUAGUGAAAGCAAACAAAAGUGGCUCAAUCUACCAAUGUAUGUUAAUCAGUUCUAUCAAUGAUGUUAUGAGCCUCUUAAAGAUAGACAGUGACGUAAAUAAAACCUCAAUGGUCUUAACGGUCACAAUGUAUAAUAUGCAAACAAAAAGAGAAAUUAAACUGAGAAAUAAAGAUGUACUUUUAUAGAAGAUUACAUUAUUUGUUGGUUUAUAUUUGAAAUUAAAAUAUGAAAAUAGUUUUUCAGCCAUCUUUAUGACUAACACAUCAAUCAGGCCAGUAUUUUUCUGUACUCAGCUCAAGAGAUUAGCAGACCUGAAAAUACUAAAUUGUUAGUAUAUACUCAAUCAUUACUCAGGUUAUACAACUAAUCUUGUUCCACAUCUUUCACAGUGAGUUUAUUUGUAUUUUUUUAUGCAUUAUACUCCCACCUUGUGGCAGACAUGAGACCACGCAUCAGGACGGGCUUGUCAUUUGGUCUGGCAAUGAAUGUGGGCUAGACUCACAAAACCCUUCAAAAAUGCUAACCUGAUAUUUGUGCCUCUAACUUUAUCACUCAUCAUUAUUCACGAUUCAUUAAGGACUAUCUGUAAUCAUGGUAGCAUCCACAUUCAUGUAGAAUUGUUUAGAAAUAUAUUAUAUUCUGAUUUACAAUAAAUGUGACUUAAAAAUUA